CGUCAGCUGCAGAAAUUACUUCUGUAUAUCACACCGUUAAACAUUCGUUAAGCUACAAUAGUCUGGAUUGUUUUCAAAAGUUAUUACCUCUCAUGUACGCCGAUUCUAAGAUAGCUAAGAAUGUUAAAUGUGGUAGGACAAAGAGCGAAGCAAUAGUUUGUGAAGUAUUGGCAAAAGAAGCUUUGAAGGACGUAGUUCAAAAUUUAAAAGAAGAUUUAUUUUUUUCGAUUUCUACGGAUGCCAGCAAUAAAGGAAACCGGAAAAUGUUUCCAAUAUGUGUGCGAUAUUUCAGUUUUGACAAAGGAAUACAAAACAAAUUAAUAGAUUUUGUGGAGAGUAAUGACGAAACUGCCGACCAAAUAACAAAGGUACUUUGUGAAACACUGGAUAAACAUAACUUAAAAUUAUCGCAAGUAACAUCAUAUGGUGCAGACAAUGCAAAUGUAAACUUUGGUUCAAAUCAUUCUGUAUUCACUAAUCUUCAUUACAAAAACGAAAAAAUAUUAAAAGCUAACUGUUCAGUUCACAUCUUGCAUAACAUGAGCAAAUUUGCAUGUGAUAGAUUAGACAUCGAUGUAGAAGCUAUCAUCUUAAAAAUAUAUGGCCAUUUCUCACAUUCAGCUAAACGUCGUGCGGAAUUGAUGGAGAUAUUUGAAACUACGGAAAUGGAGUGGGUCGAGUUAUUACGUCACGUAAAUACAAGAUUUUUGUCGCUCUGUCCUGCUGUUGAGAGAAUAAUCAAGGUUUGGCCUGCUUUGAAAAGCUACUUUGAUAAAAAAGAAUCAUGUGCGAAAGCCAUUGAAAAAAUUUUUGGUUCUGAAGCAGAGGAAACAAAAACUCUAGCCUACUUGAAUUUUGUUUAUAAUGUGAUGAGUGCUUUUGGUACAUUAAUAAAAGAGUCUCAGGGAAAUGACAUUGCCAUAACCGAAAUGCAUGAGUCAUUAUGCCUCUUCCGUUCAAGACUGAUUCAAAGACAGAAGGAUGGGUUUUUCGGCUACCAGACGAAACUUAUUUUAAAUAAAUUAGUUGAAUCUGAAGAGAUCAAAGUCAUCGAAGACUUUAAACUAUUUUACACAAAUUGCCAAAAAUAUAUAGAAAAACGUUAUAAUUUUUCAGAUGAGAAUAUUUUUGCUAGACUUAAAUUCCUAAAUCUGGAAACUGAAAUUAGUUUCGACAUGAUUGAAAAUGCUAUCGCUUUAUUGAAAUUGACAGACAAUAUUUCGGUAGAUCACCUAUAUGAAGAAUUUAACUUGUUGAAAUCAUCUUUGGACGUAUUAGUGGGAAAUUCCAAAGACACCACUGCCACCACCGCACAGAAAUGGCAACAGCUCUUUCAACAGUUUCCAAAAAAAGAUACCAGGAAUAUGUUUAAACUCGUAUCUUUUAUAUUAAGUACUCCAACGUCAAACUGCUUUCCGGAACGAGUUUUUUCGCAGAUGAAUUUGAAAUGGUCAGAUGCGAGAAAUAAAUGUUCCGUAAAGUUAAUUAAAGCAGAAUUACUCGUCCAGUUUAAUCUACAGCUAUCCUGUGAAGAGUUCUUUAAAUUUACUAAAGAGAAAAGGGAUAUUUUGAAAGAAGUUAAAUCCUCACAAAAAUAUGAAUAAGUAAUUCUUAUAAAUAAUUAAAAUAUUCUCUUAUUGUUCUUAUUUUGUUAUUCUUAUAUCUUUUAUAACUUUUAUUCUUAUAAAUAUAUAAAAUUAUUCUCUUAUAAUUUGUAACUCUAACUUCUAUGACUUUUGUUUGAAACGCCACAUUUUU